GUCUCCGCGGCGGCCCCGGCGCGGACUCCAUUUCCCGAGGAGCCGAGCGGCGGCGCCCGGUGACGGCGGCGGGGCCGCAGGAAGCGCCGCCGCUACCGACCGCCCCGCCGGGCCCGGCCCGCUGCGACCCGCGGCGGCAGGUUUUGUGGCCAUGACGGAGGCAGCGGGGACGUUGCCCAAGCGCGUCCUGGUGACGGGUGGCACCGGCUUGGUCGGCAGAGCCAUCGAGAAGGUGGUGGCUGACGGAGAGGGCCGGCCGGACGAGGAGUGGGUCUUCGUGUCCUCCAAAGACGCCGACCUAACAAACGCCGCGGAGACCAAAGCCCUGUUUGAGAAGCACAAACCCACCCACGUCAUCCACCUGGCCGCCAUGGUCGGGGGCCUCUUCAAAAACAUCCGCUACAACCUGGAUUUCUGGAGGAGAAACAUCCACAUCAACGACAACGUCCUGCACUCGGCGUACGAGUGCGGAGCGCAGAAGGUGGUCUCCUGCCUCUCCACCUGCAUCUUCCCGGACAAGACGACGUACCCCAUCGACGAGACCAUGAUCCACAACGGACCACCGCACAGCUCCAACUUUGGGUACUCCUACGCCAAGAGGAUGAUCGACGUCCAGAAUAGGGCGUACGCCGAGCAGCACGGCUGCCGCUUCACCGCCGUCAUCCCUACCAAUGUCUUCGGGCCGCACGACAACUUCAACAUCGAGGACGGCCACGUCCUGCCGGGGCUCAUCCACAAGGUGUACCUGGCCAAACAGACCGGCUCUGCUCUGACCGUCUGGGGCACGGGAAAACCCAGGAGACAGUUCAUCUACUCCCUGGACCUGGCCCGGCUCUUUCUUUGGGUCCUCCGGGAAUACGAUGAGGUGGAGCCCAUCAUUUUGUCAGUUGGAGAAGAAGAUGAAGUCUCAAUCAGGGAGGCAGCGGAGACGAUCGUGGAAGCCAUGGACUUCAGGGGAGAGCUCGUCUUUGACGUGACCAAGUCGGACGGGCAGUUUAAGAAGACGGCCAGCAACGGCAAAUUGAGGCACUACCUGCCCGGCUUCCAGUUCACACCCUUCACACAAGCCAUGAAGGAGACCUGCGACUGGUUCACCGCCAACUAUGCCAGUGCCAGGAAAUGAUGGGCGCAGCGCGGCCGACGUGGGACCAGCGGUGCCCGGCACACGCAUCUUCUUCGACUCAGGGUUGUCCUUUGCUGGGGCGGAGGACGGCAGCUUAGGGGGGACGCGGUGGUGGGAGCUAGCAGCAUUUCUGAGGCGGAGGGGAACUGGGAUCCCAGGUACGCUCCAUAGCAGUUAGGGCGAGCAGGGGACAGGGUGUCCUGCGGUUCCUGCAUGGGUGCAGAGGGUGCCCGGGGCAGCAGCGCAGCAGCAGGGUCCCCAAAGCCGCUGGCGGCCCCAGGAGGGACCUCGGGGACGAGGGGGUGGCAGCCAAAGCCCCGGUCUGCUCUGAACCUCACCCUUCGCUACCCCCCUCUGUGGGACAGAGGCUGGUGGCUUCUGCUGAACUGUAGUGGGCUGCGCUGCUAAUCACGUGUUUUUGGGUGUAAUAAACAGAAACCGCGGGGA